GAGGCACAGUUGUGGGACUUGAAUCAAUUAUUUCAUCUUGGAAUUAAUUCUGAGUAUGUCUUUUACAAGCGGACAAAAAGCACAAUAGAAAUACUAAAUGCUUUCCGACCGCACAAAAAUCUGGAAUCCUUAAACAUUUCUUAUCAUUUAGGCACCACCUGCCCCAAUUGGAUGAUGUCUUUGCACAACUUAAGAAUCAUUAGUCUAUAUAACUGGAGUGAGUGCAAGUUUUUGCCUCCUAUUGGGAAAUUGCCCUACCUUGAAAAGCUGACUCUAUGGAAUAUGGAGAAUUUGGAAAAGAUUGGCGGUGAAUUUUUGGGAUUAGUUGACGAAGGUGAAACAUCAUUGAAAUCAUCAUCAUCCUCAUUUUUUCCAAAGUUGAAACAACUCAAUAUUAGUCACAUGGACGCAUUGAAAGAGUGGGAAGUAGGCGUGGAAGGGUGGAACAAAAAGGGUUCUGAAAUUUCAAUCAUGUCAUGUCUUUCCUUUUUAGAAAUUAGUAAUUGCGAUUACAUACAAACAUUGCCAGACUUCCUCUGCAGACACCCCUGCAGGAUCUUAUCACUGAGGGUUGUCCCAUGCUUUCAGAGCGCUGUAAACAUGGUAGUGGAGAAGAGUGGCACAAAAUUUCUCACAUCCCAAACAUCAAAAUCUUUUAUCCUUAAGAUAAUCUUCAAAGGACAUAAACAAUGUCGAUCAAGUGGUGACUCUCCAGCUAGGCAUACCUAUUAAUCUUCUUUGAAAAGGUAUUUUCUUUCCUUUUCAUAUAUAUAUAUAUAUAUUUAUCAAAUGAGAAUUGGUAUUGACACCAAAAUUUUCAUUUGCACUCCAAACUUUCUAUAUUUAGAAAGAAAAAUACACUUGUGAAGGAGUGUAUAAUGAUAUUUUUGGAAUGUCAAUAAUAGUUCCCUAUCAAAUUAGAAAUGAUUAUUUAACUUUAACCACUCAAUUCUAAUUUCUCAGCAAGACGACUGAGUGAAUAGUUGUGAUAUUUUUAUCGUGCAUUUCAUGUAACUGAUUUAUGACACGCGAUUAGGUAAUUAUGCAGCCGUAUGUACAAAUUUGAUAUCAAAUUCCCACGACGCAGAGAUUUGUUAAUCUUAGCUGCUCAAGUUUUCGCAUAACAUAUGAGAGACUGAGCAUAUGU